GAAAUACUCUGUUUACUGACGAAUCCGAAAAGAAGAAGGUCCCAUCAUGUCUGCCUUACCCCUUGUUUACUUCAAAUGUCAGACUCAGCUGAUCCGUUCAGGUACAUCUAUUGGAUGAGAUGGCCACGCUUCUUCUCGUUACAUUGUAUGAAUACUCUCCACUCUUCUACAUCGCUGUGGUUUCUCUGUGUUUUCUCGUGACCGCUGCCAUCGUGCUGGGUUGGUUUGGCUUUGAUGUCCCAGUGUUUCUUCUGAGUCAUGAGGAUUCAGAGUCCACAGUGUCGACUCCUGAGAAACUAAUGGUUCAGGAGACCAAUCCGUUUUCUCUUGCACUGGGAUCCGGGCCAGCAUGUGUCAGUGAUGGUGUAUUACUGAAGCCUUGCUGCUUGGAGCCUUGUGUACUGAGCUGUUUCUGGGGCUGUGAAGUCGGCGCUCUGCAGGAGGUGCUGCGAACCCAUCAACAAAACCUGAGGCUUACAAGUCCUCAACACUUCCUUGAAGCACUGCACCAUCGCUUCCACUACCAUCAAACUUUCUAUAUCCACAGCGAGGACGAAAAGGAAUGUCACACCUGCAUCCCUGCUGACCAGAGGAUUACAGAUUUUGGGCCAUUGCCAAGGAAACACUAUCCUCUCGUGGCUGUCCUGACUCUGGCAGAAACUGAGGCCAGAAAUCUAUACAAUAUUGUGGCAAAUGUCAUCGUUAUUCAUGUUCCUGAUGGGAAAUACAAUCUUUCUGCACGAAUUCUCUUCCAGUAUCUUCUUACCUCACAAGGAUACAUGCAUGAAUUAAAACCGCUCUUUAUGUCGGCUGAAGGUUCUGGGGAGCCGGCUGGAGAACAGAUGGAGAGAAGUCCUGACCGAGGGGAGAGCAACUGGUCAGAGGAGAUGGGUAGAAACUGUGUGGUAUGUCAGAAUGCAGCAGUCAGCAGGGUGCUGCUGCCAUGCCGACACGCCUGCGUCUGUGACAGUUGCAUGUUGCACUUUCAACAUUGUCCAAUUUGCAGAGCCUUUGUCCUGGAGUCGUUUUCACUUAGACCAACAUUACAAAUAUAAUAAUUUGUGUCAUAUAGAUGAUCCUGUACUUACA